CGUCAGAGCUACAGACAUAUUGUCUGCUGAUAGUCAUCUCUUCAAACUAAUUGCGGCUAUUAUCGAGGUGGAAGUCUUUAUCAGACCGUGCUUUCUUUUUUUCGUAUCAGCCCGAAGCUGCGAUGCCGACGAAGGAGGACGUGAAGACGUGGAUCUGUCAGGAUGUAGCCAACUUUCUUGUGCAGCAAGGACUGCAGGAUUGUGCUGCCAUUGCCCAGCGGUUCAACAUCGAUGGAGCCAGGUUUCUGGCUCUCAGCCACAUGGACCUGCACAAGUUCCCCGUGAAUUGCCAGCCACAGAUAUUCAAACUCUCACAGGACAUCAACAAAUUGGACCCAAAGGGAAAGUGGAAAGUUGUGGCUGAAUUAACAAAAAGGUUCCAGGUGUCUCCCACUGACAUGUGGCAAACGGGAAAGGAGAAAAUGACACGACUCGUGAAGACAGAACCACCAACUCCUCCUCCUCCCGACUACAAACAAGACUUGCCAUAUAAAGAGCCAUACAAAUCAGAGGCUUGCAUUUACGAUGACUGCAUCACUCAGGCUGGGCAGCACCAGGCAUCCAACAAGGAGAGCAGCACUCAGGAUUCAUCGAGCGACAGCGAUAUGGAUUACAUCAUUCCAAAUGGGGCGAACGCCAACCUCGGCAGCCUCUCUCCUGCCAAAGGAUCCCAAAAACCGCGAAGACCGAAGCCUGUUGAACAUAUGAAUGCGUUUGAUUAUGAGAAUGAAGAAGAUAUUUCACCCCAAAAUACUGUGGCGGCGACCAGGGGGGUAUUGAAGUCUGCGAGAGCCACCCUGAUCCCCCGGGGGGAUUCCACAAGCAGGGCCGAGACCCCCCCCAGCCCAGUACCACGGCCCUCCCACCUCCAAUCCUCGCUCAGCAUCAGCUCAUGUGGGCCCGGCCCGAUGAAGAAUUUGGUUCAAGGGGAGAAGGACUUUCCCAAGGAAACUCCUGGAAAAGAACUCCGUUCACAGAGGUGUUUCUCCGGCGAAAUUCACAAGGGCAACUCAGAGAGCCAGAGUGGCCACGGACGAGGACAGCUUCCUCAGUUACCCGUGGCAUCCUCAUCGUGGCCGCUGCCAGACGCCCGAGGGAUUGCCCAGCCCAGGGCCUUCAUCCCCUUGCCGCUGCCUCCACUCAGCAACUUCAGCGCCGGCCUCAGACCGGCGCUCGACAGCGUCGGUGGCAGUGAUGUGGCCAAGGGGGUGCCCAGGAACUUCACCGCUCCCAGACUCAUUACGGCAGCGGGCGCGCCGACCCCGUCCUCCUCGUGCCCGCAUAGCGACGCCGGGAUGGGAGGGUGCAGGGUCAGCGCUACCUUACCCUGGCCCACGGCAGCCGACAGUGCCUCGAGUUCAUUUAACGAUCUGCAAACCAAGAAGUGGUACGCUGGCAAAUGUGACAGUCGUUUGGCUAAGAAAGUCGUGCAGUCCUACAACAAGGACGGCGCAUUCCUGGUGCGACAGAGCUCGGGGGACACGGUGACGCAGCCCUACACGCUGGUGGUUCACUACGGUGGCAGCAUCUACAACUUACGCCUGUACUGGGACCCCAUCUCCACAAAGUUCUACCUCAACAAGGAGCACAGCUUCAUGACGGUGGUGGAUCUGGUUGAACACUACCAGCAGAAGCCGCUGUAUCUCAAAACCGAGUCCUCUUCUGCCACACAGCUGGCAAGCACCUGGCUGCGAUACCCCGUCUGCAUUUGAGCGCCACAACACUGGGCUGCACUUGAGUGUGCAAGUGUAUAUCCCUGUGGCAGAGAGACAGGAAGCUCCCAUUCUGCAAGCCGUGAUGUUUUUGUGGUGAAAAUAAGACAUGGGUUUACUAGCGUAAGAUCCAGCAUGUGAGAUGUAGUGAGGAUUUUGACAGGUAGGAAGGAAGCAACAUGCCAUGGAGAAAUUUGCUUCUGAAGGUAUUUUCCAGGUGAAAUAUUUAGCAAAGAAAAAAUGCAGCUUAAUGCAUUGAGGCCAGAAAGUGUUUUGGACCACCAUUUACUGUAUAUGUGUAUAUAUAUACAGUAUUAUACCCAGUCACGUAAUGCCGUGUUCAUCUUUCUGCUGUGAUGCAGGGCCAUUGCCAGAAAUGCCGGCUUUCGUGUAUUUUUCUUGUUUAGGGAAGUGUUAUGAAAGAUAAAAUAACCAGGCAAAACGCCUUCUUCACGGAGCAAACUCUGCACUGGCUUUGACAUUUACUGUCAUAAGGCUUGCUUGAAGCAAUGCUGGUGAACUGCAAGAUGUUUAUAGGCAAGGACCCUCUCUGUUAGAUAUAUUGGUCCUAGUUUGACGCAAGCUGUUAUUGAAGAAUGUUUGGAGUUUUUGUUUCUUAUGAUUGUGCACAAAAUGUUGUAUUUAGAAUUCUUAAACUCAGAUUUGGGAGGUCGCGAGUUCAAAUCCUGGACAGGAGCUGCCUAAGCUCAUCAUCUGCCCAGGGCCAAUAAAAUAAGUUCUACUGUGGAGAGUCAAUAGUGGUUAUUCUGUGGAGAGAUUGGCUUUCGCCAUAGAAACGUGUAAUUUCCACCAAUCGCUUAGGGCUGCCAACUCACUGUCCUAUUGCGCAUUUGAAGAGGGAAACACUUGACAUUUUAUAAUUUAAAUAUAUUUAAAUUAAGUGCUUAUGAAAAAUAACAGUUGCAAGCAAUAAUGAGGUUUGUUCAGUCGAAUCAAUGCCUUGAUACAUCAUGACCUCUUGCCCUCUAUUUGCAUUAUAAUAAAGGAUAUGAUAAUGUUUAACAUGUAGUCUUUCGCGACAAAUAUUAUCCAUAAGAGAGGUGUUUUGGGUAAGAUUGCGUAAAUAUAAAUGUGUCGUUAAACCCGCCACCACCUAUCACAGCCAAUUAGCAAAGUUUGUCACGUAAACAAAACAUGCCAAUUCGUUCCUAGUUCAGCACACCGGUGUGUUGGAGAGUAAACCCACAACAUUUACAAUUCGCGUACAACUUUUUGCCAGUAAUUACAACUAGCAUCAUCAGGCUGUCUGCCUGAUGGCUGUCCUGCCUGAUGGCUAAUAAUAAUAAUAAUGGAUGAACGUGCUAAUUUAGCCCAAGCUAAUUCAGCAAACACACUUGACAAACACAACAUGGUUGUAUACCCCCUAUCAGUGUUUGUGACAUUUUUCUUGACGUACAGAAAAGCUUCAAGCAAUGCACUGGUUGGCUUGUGUGUUGACAAAAUUAGCAAAGGAGUCCAACGUUUGUACACCUUGAGAUGUGUCCUUUAAAAACAAUGAGCACGCACACACAGUUGCAUGUGACUAGAUACACGUGGCAGUGAAGUGUACCGAUUAUGGUUAAGUUCAUUUCUGUUAAAGCAUUACAUAUGGUUGUAUUUUUUUUUUAUCAUUUGGGACAUGGGUGGUGAUAAUGGGGAUAAUGACAGUGCAAUUUUGCCAUUUCACCGUGUUUGUGCAUUCAUGGCCUUAACCCUGUGGUUCAAGAGGGUUUGUGGUACUUUAUCUAACCGGGCGGUAAACCAAUGACACGCAUAGUCCAAGGGACACUAAGUUAUGCAGUGGGUUAUUGUUUCCAAUGCGAUGAUGUGGUCAGAGCAGUCGUCUGGCAAUGAGAAAUCACAGGUUCAAAUCGUUCUUGAAGCACACUCGGCCCAUCAGCCCUCUCCUGGGUCGCGUACCAUCCUAACGCGUGCGUGAUAACGCCAACCCCUGACGAUGCCUACAGUAGCGCGUGGUGAAAGUUUAAAAGAAUAAAAUGCUCAAUUUUCAGCCCGACUUGGCAAACCACUCUUGGAAUCAAAUGAGUACCACUUAGUCGAAAGUUAGCAGUGUGUGUCCUGUGGGUAUACUGAGCUCCAGCACGGAACUGAAAUGUAUUGACUGGCUUAGACAAUUUUGCUUUUGACCUGGAGACACAUGGGGUCAGAUUAUUUUAUUAAUGAAACGGCCGAAAGAUCGCUGUGGUGAUUUGUCCCGUUGGUGCUAUUAAUGAAAUUUAUACAUUUGUGCUAGACAUCAGAUAAAAAUCAGCAUUUGUCAAGAUGAGAAUCCUGCCCUUUAACUGCAUUCCAUGUAAGAGAAAAAUAUUGUAUCAGCCUCCACUCACCAUCUCUACCGUCACAGUUAAGAUGAAUUCACAAGUUAAAAAACGUAGCCAUUUAUAUUUACAAAGUGUAUUCAAAUGGACAAUUUUAUUAAUAUUGUUAUAGAAACUAUUCGAUUUUUUUUAAGCUUGCUUAAUUGUUUUGCAUUUACCAUUAAUAUUUCAUUCGGACUUUUCCCAGUUCUGCUUUUGUAAACGUGCAUAUGUUAGUUUCAUGUAAGUUAUUUUCUUUUUUAAGGAAUGUGACA